AUGAAUAUAGAUUCUUUAAAUAAUGCCUUACAACCAACAAUGUUGUAUCAAAUUCAUGAAUGCGUGGGUAAAGGUAAUUUCGGUAACGUAUACAAAGCCACCAACAAUUUGACUAACAGUACGGUGGCAAUUAAAGUCAUUGAUUUGGAGAAUACAGAUGAUGAUAUCACUACAAUUACUCAAGAAAUCUUUUUCUUAGCAAGAUUAAAAAAUGAAUAUAUUACACAUUAUAUUACAUCUUUAUUAGACGAUUCAAUGUUGUGGAUCAUCAUGGAGUUUUGUGGAGGUGGGUCCUGCUCCGAUUUGUUGAAAUAUUGUUAUAGGCAUGGGUUAUCAGAGGAUAAGGUGGCAUUUAUCACUAGAAAUGUUCUUAAUGGGUUAGUAUAUUUACACAAUCAAAAGAUUAUUCAUAGAGAUAUAAAAGCUGCUAACAUUUUAUUGACUUUAGAUGGACAUAUUAAAAUAGGUGAUUUUGGAGUGAGUGGACAAAUUCAAACAACUUUGAAAAGGAAUACUUUCGUUGGAACACCAUAUUGGAUGGCUCCUGAAAUUAUUGUUUAUCAUGAUUCAAAUGAUAAUUAUCCAGGAGAUGGUUAUAAUGAGAUGGCGGACAUUUGGUCGUUAGGUAUUACUGUUUAUGAAUUGGUGACGGGAGCGCCUCCUUUGAGUAAAGAAGAUCCAAUGCAAGUUAUGAUCUCAAUAAUAAACAAGAGCCCACCAAGGUUGUUAGAUGAUAUCUAUUCGCAGGAUAUCAAGGGAUUCAUCAUUAACUGUUUACAAAGAAAACCUGAAGAUAGGGCUAAACCAUCAGAAUUAUUAAUUCAUUCUUUUAUUGUUGUAAAUGCUGAUAUUAUUGCUAACUUAAAAGAAGAUGUCAUGGUUUGUAAUAAUUUGAAAAGACAAUAUCAAAAAUUUAGAGAAUUAAAUAAAAAGAAACCUCUCUAUCACCAUGUUGGUGAUGCCUUAUCGAACAAAUCACAAUCGUUUGGAUGCAGUGACACUUGGGACUUUAAUGUUAAUAAUAGGGAAACUUUUGAAUAUCAAAGAAUCAAGCCUUCUCAAACAGAAUCAGUCUACUAUUCAAGUGCUAUAUCAUCAAAUGUGUUAAGAGACAGGGAUGGAUCAUUUAAUAAUUGUAAUCAUAAUAAUAUGACUGUAACUCCAUUGACAAUCCAUGAUACAUCAUCUUUAAAGAAGAAUUAUCCUUGUUCACCUUUAAUACCAGUAGUAGCAUCACAACCAGCUCAUCGAGUAAUCCAAGGUGUAUCUCAGAAUAAAAUAAUUAAGUAUGAUUUAGGAUCGGGAAUGGAGAUAGAUACGAAGUCAAAAUCUUUAAGUAAAUCUUUAAGAAUUAAUCAAAAUGAAGAGAUCGAUUGUAUAAAUGAUGUGAUCGGCUAUUGUUUUAAACAGAUGGAAAUAAGAGCUAAUGAAGAAGAGACUAAAGCUUACGUUAAUACUUUAUGGCAGACAUUUCUUGCUAUUGAAAAUGAAAUCCCUGGCUUUGCAGACGUGUUUGUGGAAGAAUUUAUGAAUAGGUUAGAAAUGAAAAAUAGUUUUUUAGAAUCGCGCAAUUGUAGUAGUAUAAAUAUGUAA